CCCGGCGACCCUAGAGCGGCUCCGCCGCGCCAGUUUCGCCGGCCGGCCGGGAGUGCGCCUGCGCGAUCGAUCGCCGGCGCCCUCCACCUCCGCUUCCCCUCCCCCUGGCCCCUGAGGGGGGCUUCGGGCCCAGCGGGAUCAUGUUCACCAGCACCGGCUCCAGUGGGCUUUACAAGGCGCCUCUGUCCAAGAGUCUCCUGCUGGUCCCCAGUGCCCUGUCCCUUCUGCUGGCCCUCCUGCUGCCACACUGUCAGAAGUUCUUCGUGUAUGACCUCCAUGCCGUCAAGAACGACUUGCAGAUUUGGAGGUUGAUAUGUGGAAGACUAAUUUGCCUUGAUUUGAAAGAUACUUUCUGCAGUAGUCUACUUAUUUAUAAUUUUAGGAUAUUUGAAAGAAGAUACGGGAGCAGAAAAUUUGCAUCCUUUUUGCUGGGGGCCUGGGUUUUGUCAGCUUUAUUUGACUUCAUCCUCGUGGAAGCCGUGCAGUAUUCAUUUGGCGUUGCUGCUGCCAGUAAUUUGCCUUCUGGAUUCUUGGCACCUGUGUUUGCUCUGUUUGUACCAUUUUACUGCUCCAUACCGAGAAUCCAAGUGGCACAAAUUCUGGGCCCGUUAUCCAUCACAAACAAGACAUUGAUUUAUAUAUUGGGACUACAGCUUUUCACCUCUGGUUCCUACAUCUGGAUUGUAGCCAUAAGUGGACUUAUUUCCGGUCUGUGCUAUGACAGCAAAAUGUUCCAAGUUCACCAGGUGCUCUGCAUCCCCAGCUGGAUGGCCCAGUUCUUCUCCUGGACACUGGAGCCCAUCUUCUCUUCCUCAGAGCCCAGCAGCGAGGCCAGAGUCGGGAUGGGAGCCACCGUGGACAUCCAGAGGCAGCAGAGAAUGGAGCAGCUUGACCGGCAGCUGAUGCUCUCGCAGUUUGCACAGGCGCGGCGCCAGAGACAGCAGCAGGGAGGCAUGAUCAACUGGAAUCGUCUCUUCCCUCCUCUGCGCCAGCGACGAAACAUAAACUACCAGGACGGCCGGCAGUCCGAGCAGCCAGCCUCCCCUCCCCUGGAGGUUUCUGAGGAGCAGGUUGCCCGGCUUAUGGAGAUGGGAUUUUCCAGAGGUGAUGCGUUGGAAGCCCUGAGAGCUUCAAAUAAUGACCUCAAUGUGGCCACCAACUUCCUGCUGCAGCACUGACAGUCCAGCCGGCGCCGGAGGACAGCGGCGCAGUCCCCAACCCAGCAGGCUCUGGCGCCGAUUCGCACGUGGAGAGAGGGUGGUCCUUAACUCCAAGUUGGUUCCAUUAUAGUAUCAAAAUAAGUUUGCCAUUAAAUUAGCAUGUAUUUUCUAUCUUUAUUUUUUUAUUGGGCAUUUUCCUUGGUUGGAGAAUCCUCACUCAUUCCUAAUGUGUUCCAAAGUGUUAAAUUCACAGACAGCCACAGCAGCCAAGUAGCCCCUGGAUGGUCACUGCUGUUGUCAUGUCCCUCACCUCCUUGUGGUGCCCCAUGCCACAGGCCACCUGAUCCUCAGAUGGCGGCGGGGAAAGGGCACCACCACUUCAGAGAGGAUGCAUCACCUCGCUCUCUGUGGAUUUUUUUAGUCACUGCUUUUUUCCCUGGCAUUGUGUCCCCCUCCCCUGGCUUCCCAUGGGCCGUGCAGUCUCCAUCAGGCCUAGGGAUGGAGAAGCGGGAGCCACCACACCAGUCUGGUCUGCUCCCGUCCAGGGGAUUUCCCGACUCCUUACCCCACUUCCAUUCAGAAUAGUGGUAAUAACCAAGUUCAGACUGGAGGUUCUGGAAGACUCUGUGACAGCUGGGGUUAAUUUUGCUCAAAAAUCCAGAAUUAGCCACAUGGGCUAAGGGGGAAGUGGAACUAAGAGAGGACUUACUUCCUGGAGUCCGGCAGUUUGAGCAGAUGGCACAGUGCAGGCUCCUCUGGGCUCAGCCCCACAGAGAAGGGAAAUGCUCUUCACUGCCGUCCUGACGUGGGGCCACCCUGGCCCGGGCCUGCCACCCGCCACAGAGGUGCAGCCAGGGAGCAGGCGACAGGCCUGGUGGCCCACUGUGGGUGCACACAGCUCUGGAGGAGUCGAUGUGUCAGCAGUGUGCGACUAGUGCGUUCCUCGAAAAGAGCAGCAAUGUAUCAAAUUGAUGCAAAUUUAGAUGUGUGAUACUUCAAUAAAGUUUUUAAUGU